GGUGGUACAAAAGGCGGCGACUCAGAAGGAACCCCUCUCCGACCCGUAGUUUCACGCACCGCUCGCCUCCACGUUGCCCGAGGAAAAGCGAAUGCUUCAACACCAAGACAGAGAGAGGGAGAGUUAAUGUCCACACUGAAGUCUGAGAAAAGCAAGAAAAGGGGAGACAACCAGUAGAGAAAAUGAAAGCCCUUCCCUUUCGCCCUCUUUUUUAACUUCAUCUCUUCCAUCCCCCCCUCUCUCUCUGCUCUGAAAGUUCUAUCUUCUUCUUCUCUAUAAGACAGCGCCCCCCUUUCCCUUCCCCAAUUCCAACCCCUCUCUUUCCUGAUGGAGGACAUUCACAUGCAUCAGUUUCCGGCGUUCGGCGAUUGGGACAUGAACGGCAACAUGCCCAUCACUCAGUACUUCGAGUCGGCCAGACAGGCCGGCCUUCAACGGAAGCUCCCCGCCGAUGAGCCUGUUUGGGACCUCUAUGCCCCUGUCCCCACCAUCUACCGUUUCAAGGGGAGCGGAAGGGUGAAGCGGGUGCAGAACGUUACGGAGACGUGGAAGCAGGGGCGAGUCUGCCACGUUGCGACGAGCCCGAUUCCGGCGCCGGUGAGGGCUCCGAAAGCCGUCGACGAAGAUCUUUACAAGAUUCCCUCUGAGCUUCUCCGCAAAAACCGUCGUCGGCGGCUCAAGCUCCUGAGCUUCAUCUCCUCCAUGUUUCGACGCCGCCGCAUAUGCUAUUGAAGAGCGAUGGCUUCCCUCCCGUCCAUGAUCCAUGCAUGAUGACGAUGAUGGUGUUUUCAUCUCGUGCCAUACGUAGAAGACUACAUAUUGCAUGUAUUUAUCGUAUGCUGGUCGGCUGUAUACUUAUUGAUCAGUUCGCAAGCUUGCUUUGAAGUCUUUCUCUCUCUAGAUAUCUGUGUGGUUUUGUGUGGUGGAUGAUGAUGUUGGUAGGAGUGGGAUUCCCCCUACGUACGCCUUCCUUUUCGCAGAAGCAUUUAAGAAAAGGAAUGGAGGAUGAUGAUGCUAGAAGUGCGAUUCCACCUCUGUCUGCUUUCUUCGUUCAAGAAGAAUAUAUCAGGCGAAAGAAUGUAAUACAAAAACAAGCUUGAAAUUAUGUUUAAUGGUUUUUUUAUAA